AUGGCGGGUUGUGGCCACGAACACCAUGAACACGAACAUGACCAUUCUGAAUCGGAGAGAGGCUCCCAGUUUUAUCUUUUCCAGAAAAUCGACCUGAUAAAGCUUCAGUGCCUCAAUGAGACUGAAGAAGGCUCGGCUAAAAACGUUUUUAAACCGUGGGACGAACGUCUCGAUACGACGAAGUUUGUGGAAAGCGAUGUGGACGAAGAACUUCUGUUUAACAUUCCUUUUGUUGGUCAAGUUAAACUCAAAGGCAUCGUGGUUAUAGGUGGAGAAAAUGGCGACCAUCCAUCAGAGAUGAUGCUUUACAAAAAUCGUCCAUUUAUGACGUUUGACGACGCAAGAGGUGAACCAGAUCAAAAGUUCGACCUGAAUGAAGAUCAUGAUGGCAGUCUGGAAUACACCCCCAAGGUGGCGCGAUUUUCAAAUGUAGAACAUCUCUCCAUUUAUUUUCCUCGUAACUUUGGAGCUGAAACUAGUAAAGUUUAUUUUAUCGGCUUGAAAGGUGAUUUUCAAGAGGCGCAUCGCCAUGGCGUGACAAUUUGCACGUACGAAGCGAAACCCAAUCCAGCUGAUCACAAAACUGGAACAUUUGACAGUGUACAUCAUCCAGUCAGUUAGGGGCGUAAGAGAAAGAUAUAUUUGAUAAGUCGAGCUCUUGAACUGCAUUUGUUUUGAUACAAUAUAAAAGGAGGAUAGGUUCAAAAAAGUUCGACAUUGCAGAAAUGUAUGAUUUUACAUUAUAGCGCUUUUAUAUCACAAUAAGAAAAGCUGACGUAAAUCACAGCUUGCAACAAGGAAAGGGGUGAGCCAUGCGCGAACACUCCACUAUUUAUUUAAGUGGCUUUGGGUAGUUAACAGACUAUCCAACCAUCCUGAUUUUGUCGGGAUUCUCCUGAUUUUGCUGGAAAAUCCAGAAUCCCAACCAAUAUGUGAUCAGGAUAGGAAAAAUCCCAAUUUUGACAUCUGUUCUCAUAUUUCCAGCACUCCCGCCAGCACUCCCAUGAUUCCUUGAUUAUUAAAAAAUAUCCCGAUUUUACAUACUCAAAAGGUUGGACAGUCUGAGUAAAUGCUUGCAGUUCCCAAAUAAACUGAAUCUAAUACGCAAACUGUAUUUUUUUUUUUCAGUCUUGCCUACUGAAUUUUAGACCAGGUACUCACAAUGUAUGGGUAUUCAUAGCUCAGUUGGUAGAGCACUGCAGGGAUAAUGCAGAGGCCAUGGGUUGAAAUCCCAUUGAAGUCCCAAAAUUUUGGGGGGUUUAAUUUGUAAAUUGCUUAAAUUGUAAUGAUCAUAGCAACAAUCAUAUCUUCAUUUAAAUUUAAAAAUUUUUGCAUUUGCCAGCUCUUUGUGCAUGAUCAUUCGUCUUGAAAUGAGGGUUAGUGAUUAAACUUGCUUGUUUAACAUCAACAUGCAUAAUGGCUAUUAUAUUCAGCAUUUGCUUUGUGUACACCCCACUAUUAUGAAUGUAUGAUGCAAGUUCAAAGCCCCGUUGCGGUGGAAAACUCUUUUUCUUUUUGUAUAUUAUUUUUUCUUUUUAGUUUUUUUCUGUUUUGUUUUUAUCAUAUUUUUCCCUUUGCCUUGUUUCCCUUAUUCUUACUGCUGACCCUCUAUAGCUUCGCGAGGUUUUUGUGAUAACAUAUUUCCAGUAGAGGUGUAAAAUAAACUCUUACUAAUGGGAACUCUUCCCAGCCAUCAAGGAAAAAAAAACCUCAUGACCCCAAGGGUAUCUAAUGGGAGUUGGCUGGAGUGUGAACUUUUGCUACAUGACGACAAAGUAAGAACCAAUCCAUCUUUUAUUUCAAGUAUUUGAGUUGUUACCCCUUGAAAUCUGUAAAGCAAAGACCCUUUGAAGUGUGAUGACUUUGCACGUGCUGCGGACCUAAGGACAUCGCGGGUGAGGAGAGCUGAGCCCUAAUCCCCAUAUUCCCGCGAAUAUUCAAGACGAGAACAAAGAUGGCGGCGGCCUUGAGGUGGGAUGGACGAAUGGGUUUGUAAUUGCCGCGAGCACUCUUUUCUCUGUAGGUUGAUAUCACCAUGAGUGGAAAAAAUGUGGUACGUAAGUAGAUUUUUGGAAACUGCUUCUUCAGUAACUGGUUCUAGCUGUUUCAAUUUGCCAUGUUUUGGACCUUCAUUGAAAUUCGUAUUUGCAGCUCAGCUGUAUUUACGGACACCCGCCUAGUACGGAUACCUCAUUAUUACGGACAAUUUGUUUGGUCCCUGGGGAAAGAAAGCCCUUAUGUAUAAAUUCAACCGGCUUAAUACGAACACCCCGUCAAUACGGUCACUUUCUAUGGCCCUCUUGGUGUCCGAAUGAACGGAAUUGACUGUACAAUGCCUACAAUGUCUGUUACAUGAAUGUCUCGGGCGAUAUACAUAUACUAGUGAUUUAAGCUCUGACCUAUUUCAGGCUAAAAAGACUAUUUGAAAUAAUUGAGCAAAUGUUUUUAUAUGAUGUUUACGUAAGUUAAAAAUAAAUUACAAAGAUUCACCAUUGCCAGCUAUUGUUGCUUAAAAAGGAGUCAUUUUGGUAUCCUUAAUAAGAGAGGUUUGAUGGUUGUAAAAGGGUUUAUUGGUUUAUCGCACCUGCCCUCCCCAACCCUUUAAGAAUUUCAGUUUAGGUUUACAGCUAUUUCAAGAAACGUUAUCGGAAAUAAUGUGCACGCGACAAUCCUGAAAGGUAACAUGGGAUAUGAUCAAUACACUGUUCCGGACACUGUAGCUGUCGAACCUACUUUUGUUGCUUUACUUAAGCACUCGCAAACAUAUGCCCAUGGCCUCUCGCGCCAUUCUUUCAAAUUUCUUUAAACAACAGUGAAUCCCCCCACAAUACCUUUCGGGAUUGUCACAUGCACUUUUUCCGACAACCUUUCUCGAAAAAGGUGUAUUCUUUCGUUUCAAAAUAAAUGUUUUCUGAAAACACACCCUUUGCUCUAGCCCAAAACCAACCCUGUAAUUGCCCUUCAUCUCAACUUAUCCAAUGGCCAAUUAGAAGACUUUAAGGCCAAGAUUAAAAAACUCAUCAACAAUUCAUCAAGAUGCUUAGUCUUAGGUUCAGUUUCCAGCCAGUUUAUAUAUCACAUUCAACUGGUCAAGACUAGACUCACUGAAACGGCUGGAAAUUAUGCCUAGAUACUGCAGUUAGUUUGCACACCUGGCUUAACAUUUUCUCACUAUUAUUUUCAUCUUUAGCUCAUCAGACAACGGCUAAUUGAACUAGAGAAGAAACAUGCAAAAGCUUUGAAAAAACUUCAGGUGAGAAUUAUCCCUUAUGUAUACUAUGUGAGUGGUUUUGUACAAAAUUAAGUGCAGUACUAUCAUUAUUAUCACCAGUUUAGCUUUAAUGUUUUCAAAUUAACAGCGUGGUCCAUGUAAAAUCAAGCUAUUCUUGCUUACAAUUUCAGAGAGCUGAAAAGUACAAGCAGAGGCGACAAACUUUUCAUGGAUUUACAGUUAGAGAUGCAAACACUAGUAAUUCAAUCACUCUGGACAACUCUAACCCUCUUUUAUCUAAGGACACAAUCUCUACAGUUGUUAGAAACUCACGGUGCUCAUUAGCUCAGAAAAAGGGAGUUACUAAAACUGUGACAUUCAAGGAAGCUCUUGACAGUGAUAGUAAAGGUCAGUCUCGGUCAGAGAAUGAAUGCAAAAUUGUAGAGCAAAGUGGCAGCAACAAAGCAUUUAACAGGAAAUCUGAAUUAUUAGCUUCAAGUAUUCCACAGCAAAUAUCCGAAGACAAUGAAAAGGUGUUGCAGUGUUCAGUCAGCAGUGACAACAGCUUUGUUGCAGUAGAUAGUAGUAUGGUUACACCAACAGAUAGUGAUGUGGCUUCUACGGAUGGGAAAGAUUGUUUCCAGAGUCAACAAGGUGUAGACCUUAAGGCUAUAGGCAAUCGUCUCUGUGGCUCAGGACAAGGUGUCGUACAAGUACCUUCAACAGGCAAUGAAAGUUGUAACCAUGAAUUGUCGCAAAAGCAAUGUCAUUCUAAUGGUCUGCUAGGGCAACAUAAUGCAAAAAAUGUGUUAGCUCAAAGCAAAGAAAAUGUCAAGAUGAGGAAUUCAUCAGAUCAUCAUAAUGCACAAGAUGAUAGCACAAGACAUGCAUGUAGCUUGGAAAAAGCAAGUGACAGAGUGACUUUAAUUGAAAAUGGUGGAAAACAUCAACACAAAUCAACCACCAACUCAUUCACCCUGGAUGAAAGUAAUGAUUUUCCUUCAGGAAAUCAGCCCUGGUUAUGGCUCUUUGAAGAACAGUUUCCAAGAAGGUCUCCACGGAUACAAUCAAUGCCAAACUUCAGAGAUCGAGCUCAUUUUUCUCAGGAUAACAAAGUUACACAUCCCAAGAAAACAAAACGCAUAAGAAAGAAGAAGUCAAGGACAGAGAAUGAUACUCCAAUCAGUAGAAACAAUAACUUAAAAUCUACCACAGUACAUGAAAAUAACAGCAAUUCACCACAUAGCAGUUUUCCUGAAGGGAGUUCAUGUAUCAGCAAUUUUGUUUUUCCAAGGCCUGCUCAAGAACAAACAAAAAAUGGUGGGUCUCUGGCUGUUGUAGUUGACUUUUCUCUACCUGAUAGAGAGUUUGCAAAGCUGAAGCUUGCAAAAAUCAAGGGAACUUUGUCAGCAGAAAGGUCAAGUAAAGACCUAAAUACUGUAGUGGAAAAGAUUACAGAAGAGCAUGGUACUGAAGUGAAGAGAGAUACAAAACUGUUUGAUACAAAGUGUGAAAAUAAAAGAGUUGUUGAAGAGAAAACAGCUGCAGAAAAUAUUGGUGAGUUGGAAGAUCAUGCAGCAUCAGGACUUGAGGAAAUGAAAGGUCAAACAGAGAGGACGGAAAAACACAAUUUCAGGUUAGAAGGACGAGGUGUAAUUUCCUCAACCACUGGUUCAAAAUGUCUAAGCCAGCAAGAAAAAAAGAAAAACUCCACACAAUUUGUUUAUAAUGAGCAAAAAUGUAAAGAGUCCAGAAUUGUAUCUUCUGGAGAUGCUUGUUGGAGCAAUUCCUUUGAAUCAGAUCAUGAACAAGUGGUUUCUCACAUGCAUAGUGUGACAGCAAAACAAAGUCAGGUUUCUUCAGAGAAAGAAUCACAAAAAUGUAAGGGUGUUGGAACUUGUGCAAAUCACUGCAAUUCCUUUCAUAUCAAUGGUUCAUGCACAUCUUUUCCUGACAUUGUUCAGCAAACUGAUGACAAUGAAAAGUUAAAUGAAUCCUACAACAAUUUCUGUGAUGCAAAUUCCUCUUGGGUUAAAUCUAACAUCUUAGACAAUCUAGGUGAUGGAUUAUCAGAGGGGAAGACUCCACUAGCAAAAUCCACUGUAGAAAUUAAUGAGGAAGACAAUUUUUCAAGUCAGAAACAUUCUAAUGAAUUAAAUUUGAAAGAAAGUGUUGUACUCAGUGACUGUGGUAAUGCAGUUUCCGGCGAAGCAACUGUUAAAGAAAUGACAACGAUCCCCAUCAAACAGCAACAUGUUCAAGACGAGGUCAGUUUAACUGAAGUGAAGUCUAGCCCACCUCAAUAUUACAAUGAGCCGAGUUUAGGGGAUGCAGCCACUCCACAUGGAAAGAUGAAAGAACCUUUAGAGAGCUCAAAGCUAUCCCAGUUGAUGUCACCAGAGGAGAGCAAAGACGUUUCUCCUUUGUUAAUGAGAGCUUGUUUGCAGGUAAUAAGGUGUUAAAAUUUUGUAUCUGGUGUUUCAAUUUUAUGCCUGAUCUAAGUUUUCUUUUCUUUUCUUUUCUUUCACACAUGAUCAUCACCAUACAUUAUCACACAAACAAAGCAAAAUAUACACUGUAUUGAAAAGGGACAAAAUUUAUCCUUGGAACAACUUAACAUUAAAGGAACUCCUGGAUCAUAUGGAAGGUGUUAGGGUUUUACUCUCCAACAACUUAAUAUGACACAAUUAACUGCCAAAAGGAGGGGAGGGAAAAAGAAAAAAACUUUAUCUACGGAGUUUUCAUUAAGAAUUGUAAUAGCAGGAGAAAGGUGUAACGUUACAGGACAAUAUUUUGAAAGAGGCUUCUUGUGUGAAUGAAAAAUAAUCAUAGGCUAACUAAUCUUAUUCAUAAUAAAUGGGGAAUUCUCUGAUCUCCGAUGCCUAAUGAAUACCCUUAUCCAUCGAACAACCACUUGAGGUUGCUAUCCAGUUGCUUCAAAGCACUGGUCUACCGAGCAGGAGGCUUCUGGUUCAAACCCGGCCAGACUAACACUCAGGUUCUUGAAAUAACUGAGGAGAAAGUGCUGCCUUUGUAAGGACAUCUGCAAACCGUUAUGUUUUCUAGUCUUCUUGGAUAAGGAUGAUAAAUAGUAGGCUGUUUUUCACAACUCUUGCCCACAUAAAUUCUGUGGGAUGUUAAAGAACCCACGCACUGUAUGUUAAGAGUAGGGGACAUUGUCCUCUGUGUGGUGGUCCAUCUCUUAUGUGGGGAGGAACUGUCAUGGGCCCAUAGUAAUUGGCGCGACAUGCUAUUGCAGUGACCCUGCCAAGAAUUAGCAAACCUAAGUAAGUAAACAUAUGGAAGGUGUCAGGGUUUUACAUUCCAACAACGUAUGACAGAAUUAAUUCCCAAUAAGUUCAGCAUCUACAUAAUUUAUAUCCAUCUAAUGGUACUCUCAAACUCUUUGAACAGCAUUAUACACAGGGAAUGAGCAAUAGAGUGCAGUCUAUAUCACUAUCAUCAUAUGAACCAUCUAAAGCAAGGGACACAACAGUACAGUCAAAAGAUAAGAGAGACAUUUUGGCAGUUUGUCUGUCUCACAUGGUGGUUAUAUGGACAUCUGUGUCUGAAUCACAGUGGACUGUGCUCAGUAAAUGGACUCUGCCUGUGGUGAGAGAUUGUUAUAUGAUUAUUUUAUAGAUCAGUGCUCAGUUAAGUGUGGAAAGUAGCUUGUGAAUAGGCCAGUUUCAAAUUAUCCAACUUCAUACAAACAAACAAGCAACAAAGUUUAUUUGCAUUACCAUUUGUGUAGAUGGUGUUGCAUAAAAAAACAGAAAAUUAUAUAAUAAUAAAGAUAACAUAGAGUAAUAACUAAAUAAAAAGAAAAGUAAAUGCCCUGAAAAAGAUAUUCAUAGUAGUUUAGGAUUAAUAGUAUAAAUGUGGUAACAAAGUGAUCACAAUGAUGUUGGGCUCCCAGGCUGAGAAGAAUAAAACAAAGGACAUGAAUUAUUAUUAUGUGGAUUUCAAUGCAAUUUCUUUUGUUUUAUACCCCUCAGCCUAACAGCCCGGUAUGAAUUUUUUAUAAUUCAAAACUGGCCUGUUACCAUGGGUUUGUGACUCUAUACAGUUUUAGGCUCUUUCUCAUCAAGAAACAAGAGUGAAAAACCCAUUGACCAAAAACAAAUUCAAUUUAAAAAAACAGAUUACAAUACUGGGAAAGAAAGAAAUUCUAGGGUUUAUUAUCCAAAUAGAGUCAAGCUUAGACUGAUAUCCCCUUAAAUGGACACUUUUUACCUUGACUAUUUGUUGUUGCUAAACAGGAUGGAGAAGAAGAGUUUGUGAGUGUCAAGUUUGUACCAAUUAAGUCUCAUGUUGUUCUUCUGGUUGGUGGAAAUUUUCGUCAUGGAAAUGGAAGGUGGGUGACAUGAUUCUACAGCAGCAUUACUGUUGUAAAGAGACCUUUCUACAGCUCUGUUAUUGUAAAGGCACAGGAUUCUUUGACUAACAUUGUCUCAUAACUUUUUUGCUUUAAAUGUGACAGUUACGAAAAUCUUAGAAAAUUUGCUGCUACCUUUCAGCAAUAAUAAUGAAAAAAUUUUGAUUUGACUGGCGGUAAACAGUUUCGUGAUAUUAAAGCUUAAGAAGUUUACUCCCAUUUUUAAGAAAAGUCUCGUCCAAGUGAUAAACUUUGCUGUUACUUUUAUUUGGCUGAAAUGUCUGGUAUACGGUUUUAUUGAUGUAAUAUGUAAGUCAAAUAAAUCGAUGGAGAAGAAGUCUGUAAAAAUUAAGUCACUCUGAAUUCAGCUUUGAAGUUAUUUUCAAAUUUUUGGGUAACAGCACUAUCAAUCUUGAGGAUUUUAUCUAAACCCCGAAUCACAAGCUCAUAUAAUAGGACCAAACUGAUUUAAGUAGGGAAAGUUAAAAAUUGUGUUUAAAAAUAUAAGACUAGUAAAACUGGGUGUAGUUCUUUUUUCUGUAUUGCUUACCAAAAAUGAAGGUUGGUAUAACUUGUUCAAGGUUUUCACUUAAGAGGGGAAGAGACAGAAAAAGAAGGAAAUAUGGAAAAUAAAACGUUUUCUGUUACUUUUACAAUGUCAGAGUCCUUGGUUAUUCAGAGGAGGGUGAAUACUCACUGGACCUGGAAACUGAUGAACAGUAAGUGGAGUGCUUCUUACCUCUAGGCUCUAACAAUUUGUGAUAAUGAUAUCCGCCAAUGAAAAUAAUUUUUAUUUGCAUCUCUUUCUUAGAUUUUGUAGAACAAAUGACUCUGUAAUUGUGUUUGUAAUGUCUCCAAAUAAGUGGUAGGACUUGAGGAGAAUCAAAUCAUAUCAUGUGUAUGUUGUCAACCUUUAUACUUCACAUAGGUAACAGUUGUUAUGGGAGCGAUCUUUCAUUUUUCGCCAGUUUUUGACCAGUGGAUGUUACUACAGGAAAGAAAAAGCAUACAGUUCUUAAUUCAUUUGUUUUAAACAAUUCACAGAAAAAACAAGUGUUCCUUUUCAACAAUGAGUUUACUCCAUGAUACAAAGGAUUACAAGACUGGCGAAGACGUAGAGUUUGUCAUAGGAGAUAAGACAUCUAAUAAAAUUACCCUGACAAAGUGGACUUUGGACAGCUUUUGUCUGUAAGUUGUAUUCUGUGUAACACUGAUGUACCAUUUUUAGAAGAGUAUGUCUUGUGACCAGAAUAACUCAUACUGCCACUAGAGUGGCAACAAGGUUGCUCAUCUCUGAAACAAUUGGUCUUAAAUACACCAUCACAUCUCUAUCGUUGCACCGUAAGCACAAAUCGACAUUUCAGUCCUAACAAUACGCAGCAUGUUUGUCACAUGAACCUAGUUUAGGUAGCCUUACAGUGUAGCUCCCACAAGUGUCUUGUAGCCCAGUGGUAUAGCAUCUGGUCUAGGUCUAGACUGGAAGUAGGUUGUGUAACUGACCAUCUAGGUUGUCUGAAGCUAGUGUAACUGACUGAAAAAUCUUCUUUCUCAGAAAAUCAUUGGAGUUCACAGGGUUCUCAAUGAUGAAGGCCAGGCACCCGAAACAUUUGAAGGAUAAUUUCAACUUUGGGAUUUUGUUCAUGAUUUCUUUGUGUUUAAAUGAACAUUUUUUGCUUUAUUUUCUUUGUUUUGACACCUCUGGCUUUGCUGAAGAGCCUCCUACUUUAUCAGUGAUCACCUCCUACUUAAAAAUCUAUUGAGAACCCUGAGUUCAGUACAUUUUGCAUUUGUAGUUGUUGUCUUAUUUACAUAUUGUCAACCUACUUUCCUGCUAUUCUUUUCUCAUCAAGGUUGGUCGAACAGUGGCAGAAGUUUAGUCCUAUCUAUAGUGACUCUGAACUGUCAUCUCUCCAAUUUGUUCAUGGAAGUCAUUGUCUUCUUUUGGGGACUACAAAUGAGAACUUGAUAUUGUGGUAAGUUUUCUGCAGACCAAAUGCUCCUCUGUAGCUUUACUUAGAGGCCUUAAUUAGCUUUAAAAACUGUAAAAAAAAUUGUUACAGGCUUGUCCACUCUGGAAAGGCAACAAUUUUUCUGCUGGUUGACUGCCUUGUCCACAUUGAAAUUGUUUGUUUGACCGACAUAAACGGAUAUUUUAUAUUCUCUUAAAAUGUUUCUUAAGAUUUUUCCAUAUAGGUAUUUUUUGGGGGCUUCUCUCUCUAUUCUGUUGCAGAAUUUUGUUUAAGAAAACUAGAUGUCAACAUGGUCUGUUUUGUGCGUGCGGUUGAGGAAUACUCCUGUUCUUUCAUACUCAAAAUCUUAAUUUGCCAGUUAAUCCCAGUUUGUCUGUUUCACUGUGUACUACCGUUGCAGCUGACAGAGCACCACUAAGAGAAAGUGUUCACCGAAAUCUUUUGAAGGCGAUUACAGGCCUUUCCAAUGGUUUAAAAGUUUGUUUCUCGCAAGAUUUAAUUUAGAAUCAGUAACCAUACUGUUCUUUCUAGGAACCACGUAACAUGUCAACAAUUAAGAAGCGUAAACCUUCACACUUCAGGCCUGAGUCAACUGUCUUGUAUUAACGCUUUUACUGACAAGGUCAGAUCAAAGUUUUUUUUUCUUUUUGUUUGUUUGUUUUUUUUUUGGCUAAAACUGCAGUCUGUCCAUCUCUUAUUGCAAGAAAACCCUCUUCAGGUUUUGACUUACAUGUACAAUAAAAUUCUUUAUCAUAAUCCUUUACGGCAAGGAAACUAUAUUCAUUUCUUUGAUGAUGCUAUACUAAAAACUAAUAAAGAUUAAUUAGCAGGGAAGCAAUUAUUUCUGAGAGGAUUUCUGAAGGUGAUUUAAACUAUCAUUGUUAAGUGCAAGUGGCUAUCAUGGCAUCCCUUUUUUAAAUGAUCUCUGUGGGGAGCUUUCUAUAAAGUGAUGGUCCUGGAGUGAAAUAUAGUUUUUUUAUUGUUUUGUUUUUUUCAGGGUCUUCUUUUUUUGAUAAUGUCCAGUAUUCCAGCACCUAAGGUAGUGUUUGUUACGUCUAAAACUUAAUUACAUUUCUCUUUCAACACAGCUGCUUCUCGUCUCUUAUGUUCGAGACCCUGUUUUCCUAGACAGUCAAGUCUUGUGAAGUCUGCAAAAAGGGCGUUUUUUGUGCGUUUAUGGACAAGUGAGAAGUCCAAACAAAGCACAGAACUUGAGCGCGACUGAAGGGGGCGCAGGAUACUGUUAAACUAAUGCGCCUGACUCGAGCUCCUUGUUUCCGUUUUAAACUCAUACAAUUUUCUAACGUAACGUAGCAUUUAGCGUGUUCUGGUCAUAGAAAAAUGAACAAAGGACUUCAGACAAAAAUAAUCACCGAUUAGUACAUUUUGAACCUUCAAGAGGUGGAAAAAUGUAAUUUGACGAUUCUGUAGUAAGUGGAAAACAUUCGGGUUUUUUUAUUUGACUUUUCUUCAAGCCAAAGAGGUGGGCAGCGAUUGCGGGAGAAAUGUAUGGAAAUAUCAGCUGCGCUCAUUAUUUACAAUUUGUACCUUUAGCUAUCUCAUUUAAAAUGGAAUACAAGGUUUAGGUGUGCUUAAAUGCAUCUGAGCAUAAUAACACUAGUCCCUGUUUGCGAUUUAUUGAAUUAUUGGAUGUUGUGUUUUUUCAGGGAUGUAAUUCUGAUUAUAAAAACGGCCAUGGUUGCUCGUUAUACGCAGUGAAUCCUAGAAAUUCCAGAGGUAUCUGCUUGGAAAGUUUUGCCUUACCCGAAAGGUCAGUAAGUACAUAGAAAACUCUUAUGUAUUGUGAACUCCUAUGUUAGGGUGUAAAAUUUUGCUCCUGCAUUAAAAUAAUGUUGUGAUCAGAGAGACACGUGUACAUCCUUUCAGUGUUCUCACCAGGAUUUUGCCUUGGGGAGUCCCAGGGCCCCCUCUUCUGAGAAAUAGGGGCCCUGUAAGAACAUUAGGGGGACAAAGUUACAAAAAACAAGCGGUACGAAGAACCUGAGCCCGCACUCCAAAUUGUCUGUUACAUGAAGUACCUACCUGAUCCAAUAUGGCGGAAGAGGUGUUUACGAUUCGGAGGAGGAGUUUACGAUGUAGUGGGACGUGCGUGGGACCAAUGAAAGUAAAGGCAACAAAAUUAAAGACUUUGACUCAUUUUAUUCAGACAAACAGAAUGCUUUAGUGUUAGGGUGACCAUUAAAACUACUUAAGUCCGUUUGACUCGUAGCUUGCCCCUGCGCCCUAACGGGCGCAUCUUCUUGGUUUUAAUGCGCCAUUUCAGUUUUUUCUUGCGGGAAUCCCGCAAGGCCGCGGCCUGGUGAGAACACUGUCCUUUCUGUUGUUGUUUUAACUGUAGGCAGAAAAAAGGAAAAGUGAUUUGGAAAUUGUUCAAUAAAAGUUAAUAGAUGAGUUUUGUCAGGACUGAAGUGACACAACCAUGUGAUCUGAUUUCGUUUAAAAUUGUCGUUAACUGUCCCGUGUUCAAGGUAAUCAACAAACAUGCCUUUUAACUAAAAUUGCACUUCUACCCCCUGACAACAACUUGUUCAAUGUUGUGUAAUUUACUUUUUGUGUUUGUUUGAUGUUACAUUUGUUCAUUAUUUAAGAAAAUCUUAAAGGUAAUGUAUAGUUAAGUUAACCUUUGUUCACAGGGUCAGUGUUGUGAGCACAAAUGGUCAGUUUAUUGCUGCUGGAGAUCAGGAAAAGAAUGUGGUAAAACUUUGGAAUAUAACCAGCAGUAAUCAUUAUGCCUCCCUUCAAGUCUUCCAAGGUAUUUUUGAGCUCUAUUUUGUUUUAACCCUAAACCUAACCUAAAUCGCUAAGGCAAUAUGAGAAGGGAAUGCCCAUAUCACUGUAACCGCGGCAAGAGAGAAAAACGAGAAGACCCUGGGGAAGAGGUUGUUUUAUCCCUGUCCGUGGUAACAAUCCCAGGAGUCUUUGCGAAAGUUACCUCAUCCCAGAUAAUACUAAUAGAACCCUAUGUACAGCAGCCAUGUAGCCUCCUACCGCCGCCUACUGUAACUGUUCUCUUGUGUUUUGCAGAUGAAGUGAGCAGCAUUGGUUUUCAUCAAGACAAGCCUCUUAUGGCCUUUGGAAGCGUUACAGGCUGUGUUCAUCUCUUUUCUUAAGACUGAUGAAGACUGCUUUGUAAAUAGGAGGGAAGAUAGUUAACGAACAGUCGGUGAGAUAUGAAUUAAACUUGUACUUCAGUGUUCUUGCUUUUUUUGAUGGAGAUCAUGAAGCGUUUCUUAAAAGACAUUCCUUUUUCGAGGAAGGUAUUCAGUGU